AUAAAAUUAAAACAACCCUAAACUAAAGCAGCCUAUCUCCCUCUUCGCUCCUCCUCUUCAAAACCUAAAAAAACAAACAGCCAACUGACAGAUUUCUUUCUUUCUUUAUUUCUUUCUUUCAUUCUACGAUUCAGCAGGGAAGGUAAGGUUCAAUCAGCCAGCAAGCAAGCAAGCAAGCAGGAAGAAAAGAAUCAAAGCAAAAAUCAAUCAUCAGCCAGCCGAUGGAUAUAGAGAAGCUCCUGGAGGAAGAGGAGGAUGAAACGAUGCAUUCAGGGGCAGACGUUGCCGCUUUCACCGCUGCCCUAAACAGGGAUAUCGUAGGGGACAACAACAACAACAAUAAUAAUAAUACAUCUCACCCUCCUCCCCCCACUGCACCCCCCUCCUCCGCCGCAGCUUUAUCCAGCAAUCAUACUCCAAGCCAGGUCUUCCAACAGUGGCAACAACAACAACUUAAGCCCCCCCAAUCAUCAGCCGCAGCAGAACAUCAUCAUCAUCAUCAUCAUCAUCCACCAGAUCCCACUCCUCCUCCUCCUGAUAAUAAUAAUAAAAAAGAAGAUGACUCUCAAUCUCAAUCUCAAUCUCACUUGCAGCAGCAGCAGCAAAGGAUGCAAAGAGGUCAAAUGCCUACUUCCCAAUCUCCUUCUGCUACUGCCAGGCCUGCUGGCAAGCAGGUCCCUUUUGCACUCCUGCUUCCUGUUAUUGAACCCCAGCUUGAUAAAGACAGGGCUAUGCAACUCCAGGGCCUCUAUGUUCGAUUACGGACCAAUAGCAUUAAUAAAGAAGAAUUCGUCCGCCACAUGCGAAGUCUUGUAGGAGAUCAUAUGCUUAAGAUGGCUGUCUAUAAGUUACAACAAGGCCAGAUUCCUGCUAAACCAAGCAUGGAUAAUAAUGCCCAAAAACAACGGUUAUUGGAACACCAAUCGGAUUCACACAAGUCUUCUAAUGUUAAUCCUAUUAAGCAAGAGAGGGAUCAGCAGCCGUUUCCAAUGCAGGGACUUGGCAAGCAACAUAUGCCCUUUCCACAACCCUCUUUUCCAAAUUAUGGACCUCCAAAUAUGAAUACUUUUAAACAGCAGCAACAGCAGCAGCAGACCCAUGAUUUACAAAUGAGGCAAGGCCCUGUGCAAACUCCUUUUACCGACAUGAAAAGACUGCAUGGGGGUAGUCUUGCUCAUUUCACAAGUAGUAAUUCAGGCCACUGGCAACCCUCAAUGCAUAAAGAUAUGCCAUCAAUGGGCUACGCAAAACAAGAACCCUUGGAUCACAUGAAUGAUCAACAACAUAAAUCCCAGCUAGGUCAGACUGAAUCAUCAAAGGAUGAAACUUUUGAGAUGAUGUCAUCAAGGCCCGGUUUCUCAUCAUCUAUGAACAAGUCAGAGCCCAUGUCCAUCACCGCACAACUGGAACGCCAGAAUAUGUCUGCUGGAAACUCCUCAUUGGCUUCUGGAAGUAAUGCAAAGACUCCCCCCAAAAAGCCAACUGUCGGCCAGAAAAAACCAUUAGAAGCACCUGUUUCUUCACUAAGUAAGAAGCAGAAAGUGUCUGGAGCAUUUUCAGAUCAAAGUAUUGAGCAGCUUAAUGAUGUAACUGCUGUCAGCGGAGUGAAUCUCAGGGAAGAGGAAGAACAAUUGUUUUCUGGGUCCAAAGAGGAUAGUCGAGUGUCAGAAGCUUCUAGAAAGGUUGUUCAAGAAGAAGAAGAAAGGCUGAUUUUGCAGAAAACUCCACUUCAGAAGAAGUUGUCUGAGAUCAUGGCAAAAUGUGGUGUAAAGAACCGAAGCAAUGACGUGGAACGAUGCUUGUCGCUGUGUGUAGAGGAAAGAAUGCGAGGAUUGAUUAGCAACUUGAUCAGACUUUCAAAACAGCGGGUGGAUAUUGAGAAGCCAAGGCACCAGACAGUUGUCACGUCGGAUGUUAGAAAGCAAAUCAUGUCAAUGAAUCAAAAAGCUCGGGAAGAAUGGGAGAAAAAGCAGGCUGAUGCUGAAAAACUUCAAAGAGCAGAUGAGCCUGAAGGAAGUGGUGACGGUGAAGAUGGUCGUGGAAGAUCAUUUAAGGUGAACAAAGAGGAGGACGAUAAACAGAGAACGACAGCUGCGAAUGUUGCUGCACGGGCGGCUGUAGGAGGAGAUGACAUGCUCUCAAAAUGGCAGCUAAUGGCUGAGCAGGCCCGCCAGAAACGUGAAGGUGGGCCUGAUGCCUCUCAGCCCAGUGCUGCUGAUGUUGGGCCUAAGCCCCAGUCGGCUACUGAGAGAAAUUCCAAGGAUAAUCCAGAUGCUGAGAGGAUGACAACUUUGGGUGCUAUCACUGCUAAUCCUGGCCCCGUAAGGAAAAUCACUAGGAAUCAAGAAUUGGUCAAGGGUGGCAGCAUUCCACGCACUAUCACAGUCAAGGACGUCAUCUCAGUUCUGGGAAGGGAGAUUCAAAUGUCAAGAUCGACACUAAUAUAUCGUCUCUAUGAAAAAGUGCGUUCAGAUUCCCUGUCUGAACACUAACUAGUAAGUAAGUAACGUGUUUCUAUUUAUUGCACAAAACAUGAUGUGGGAUCAAAUGUGCAUCGGCUUGUAACCUCUGUAGUUUGCUUUGUAUAUUACUUCAAUCUUUUAAUUUAAAAGCAACCUGUUGGCUUUAUACAAGUGAGAUAAUAAUGAAAAGACAAAACUGUAAAAUCA